AUGGAAUAUAACAAAGACUGUAACAACAGCGAAAUCAAAGCACACAGAAAUAAUCUCGAUCAGUACUACGAGUAUCGAAUCUAUGACAAGAACAUUGGCCAUUCCAUGUAUGCCAGCAGUAGUUUUUCAGAGUAUGCACCUUGCCCUAUAGUCAUCAUGUCUCGUCAUCAAGGAUUUCAAUGGAAUGACGAACUAUUUGUCAAUGCCUAUCGCCGCAGUGCAGGCUACGAAUGCCACAAGAGUGUCAGCCUUGAAAUCAAAGAUAACAAGGUGAUGAAUAACAAGGCAGACGCACAAAAGCAAGUACACCAAGAACAAAGCAGCGAGAUGCCUAUCGAUGUCAUUGAUAUCCACUUGAGUGAAGCUGAAUGCGAUGUUUGGCCCUAA